AUGCCCACGCCCCUGGUGGGCGGGGAGAACCCCGAGCUGCACCCCACGGACUUUUCCGGUGCCCUGCCCAAGCCGACGGUGGCGGCGACGCCCAACCCCCUGGCCGGCCUCGCGACGCCGCUCGUCGGCGCUACGCCGGGUGCCGCCGCGCGGAUCGGCGGCCCCACGCCCGCGCGCGGCGGCGGCGUCGGGAGCAUUGCCGGGGUCGCGGCGACGCCGCUCGGCAUCGCCGGCGCGACGCCGGCGCGCGGCGGCGGCGGCGGCGGGGGCGUAGGGGCGACGCCGCUGAUUCGGGAUCAAUUGGGGCUCAACGACGCCGACGCGGCGGCGCUCGGGGAGGGCCGCGGCGCGCGGGCGCACGCUCGGGGCGUGAGGGCGGAGCUGCGAGCGGGGCUGGCGGGGCUGCCGGCGCCGCAGAACGAGUACGCGGUGGCGGUGCCCGAGGUGCCGGAGCAGGUGGGCCCCCGCGGCGUGGGCUUUUUCGAACGGGAGGGGCGGGAAUUUGAGGAGGAUGAAGAGAUGGAGUUGGAGGAGGACGCGGCUGACACCAAGGCCCGCCGCGCCCGCGAGGCCGAGGCGCGCCGCGCGGCGGAGGAGCUCAAGAAGUCGGCCGUGCUGCGCCGCGGCCUGCCGCGCCCGGCGGCGCUGUCCGGGCUGCCGGCGGCGGGGGCGGGGGCGGCGGCCAUGAGCUAUAGGGAGAAGGCGGAGCACGCGCUGGCGUCCGAGCUGCUGGCUCUGGCGGAGCACGACAACCGCCGCCACCCCGCGGCUAAGGAGGAGCGCGGCGGCGGCAAGCGGGACCGCAAGCGCGACCGCGGGGCGACGGCGGCCUCGUCGGCGGAGGGCCCGCCGCUGGUGGAUUAUGAACUGGCGGAGCUGGGGGCGGCGGCGGAGCUGGUUGCGGCGGAGGUGGCGUUUGUGCGGCAGGCCAUGGGUCACUCUGACGUCACGCAUGAAGAGUAUUUUGAGGCCUGGGCGGCGGCGUCCAAGGAUGCGGUCUGGGUGCCGUCCCAGAAGCGGUACGUGCGGGGCGCGACGGUGGGCGCCCCCGAGCGCGCCGAGGCGCUGCGGGCCGAGUUUGACGCUGUGCGGGGCCAGAUGGAACGGGAGGCGCACAGGGCGGCCAAGCUGGAGAAGAAAGCCGGGAUCGUCAUCACG